AUGUCCUUUUCUAAGGCGCCCCUGAAACGAUUCAAUGACCCUUCUGGAUGUGCACCAUCUCCAGGUGCUUAUGAUGUUAAAACUUCAGAAGUAUUAAAAGGACCAGUAUCCUUUCGGAAGUCACAAAGGUUUAAAACACAAAAAGAAUCUCAACAAAAUCUUAAUGUUGACAAAGAUACUACCUUGCCUGCUUCAGCAAGAAAAGUUAAGACUUCGGGAUUAAAGAAAGAAUCUCAAAAGAAUGAAAAAGAUUUGAAGAUGUUGGUAAAAGAGAUUCGUGUUCUUGUGCAGGAACGUGGUGCUCAAGACAAGCGGAUCCAGGAUCUGGAAGCUGAGUUGGAGAAGAUGGAAGCAAAACUAAAUGCUGCCGUCAGGGAAAAAACAUCUCUCUCUGCAAGUAAUGCUUCACUGGAAAAACAGCUUAUUGAAUUAACCAGGACUAAUGAGCUACUAAAAUCUAAGUUUUCUGAUGAUAGUAACCAGAAGAAUUUGAGAAUUCUAAGCCUUGAGUUGAUGAAACUUCGAAACAAAAGAGAAAUAAAGAUGAGGAGCAUGAUGGCUAAACAAGAAGGCAUGGAGGUGAAGCUGCAGGUUACCCAGAAGAAUCUCGAAGAGUCUCAGGAGAAAAUAGCACAACUUGAGGGGAAGAUUAUUUCAAUAGAGAAAGAAAAGAUUGAUGAAAAAUCUGAAACAGAAAAACUUUUAGAAUACAUCGAAGAAAUAAGUUGUGCAUCAGAUCAAGUGGAAAAAUACAAGCUAGAUAUUGCCCAGUUAGAAGAAAAUCUGAAAGAGAAGAAUCAUGAAGUUUUAAGCCUUAAGCAGUCUCUGGAGGAAAAUGUUGCUCUAUUGUCUAAACAAGUGGAAGACAUGAAUGCUAAAUGCCAGCUGCUUGAAAAAGAAAAAGAAGACCUCAUCAAUAGGGACAGAGAACGGGAUGAAAAUCUAAACUCUGAGAUACGAAACUUAAAAGAGAGGUCUGUUCUUAAACAACAAGAACACGAAGAGCUACAACAAAAAGUGUUGCAAAUUGAUUCACUUCUGCAACAAGAAAAGGAAUUAUCUUCUAGUCUUCAACAGAAGCUAUGUUCUUUUCAAGAGGAAAUGGUUAAAGAGAGGAAUCUCUUUGAGGGAGAAUUAAAGCAAGCACUGGAUGAGCUAGAUAAAUUACAGCAAAAGGAGGAACAAGUUGAAAGCCUGGUCAAGCAAUUGGAAGAAGAAUCAGAAUCUAGAGGUGAAGAACUAAAACUCAUGGAAGAAAGACUGAAAGGGAAAGAAGCUGAACUGGAGAAAAGUAAUGCUGCUCAUGCUCAGACCACACUGCUUUUGCAGGAAAGGUAUAACAGUACAGUGCAGAGCCUGAGAGAUGUUACCGCUCAAUUUGAAAGCUAUAAAGCAUCAGCAGCAAGUGAGAUAGAAGAUCUUAAGGUGGAGAACAUGUCACUUCACGAAAAAGUGGCCAAGGCUGAGAAAAGUGCAGAGGAUGUUCAGCAUGAGAUAUUGGCAACUGAGAAUGCAAAUCAAGAAUAUACAAGGAUGCUUCUAGAUCUGCAGACCAAAUCAACACUUAAAGAAGCAGAAGUUAAAGAAAUCACAGUUUCUUCUCUUAAAAAAAUAACUGAUUUGCAGAACCAACUCAAGCAACAAGGCGAAGACUUUAAGAAACAACUGGAAAAGGGAGAAGCAAGAAAAGCUGGAAAAGAAAAAUCAAUGGCAGAAUUAACUGAGGAAAUGAAUAAGUGGCGUCUCCUCUAUGAAGAAUUAUAUAAUAAAACAAAACCUUUUCAGCUACAACUGGAUGCAUUUGAAGCAGAGAAACAGGCUUUGUUGAAUGAACAUGGUGCAGCUCAGGAACAGCUAAAUAAACUAAGAGAUUCGUAUGCUAAAUUAUUGGGUCAUCAGAAUCUAAAGCAAAAAAUCAAGCAUGUUGUGAAAUUGAAAGAUGAAAAUAGCCAACUCAAAUCGGAGGUGUCAAAACUCCGCGCUCAACUUGCUAAAAGAAAACAACAUGAAACAAAACUUCAGGAGGAAUUGAAUAAAGUUCUGGGUAUCAAACACUUUGAUCCUUCAAAGUCUUUUCUUCAUGAAAGUAAAGAAAAUUUUGUUCUCAAAACCCCGCUAAAAGAAGGCAAUACAAACUGCUCCUAAGCUCUUAAUGGAGUUUCAAGAAUCAUGCAAGUAAACAUCUGAAAAGCCUGUUGAAGAUUAUUUGAUUCUUAUUAUUUUUAUUGUUAUUGUUGC